AUGGCUUCCGAAGCAGUGAAGGUGAUUGUGAGAUGCCGGCCGCUAAACGAAAGAGAAAAAAGUUUGGACUGCAAAAACGUAAUUGAAAUAAUCAGCGAAACCGGACAGUGCUCAAUCAAUCACCCGAACGGAAAGAAAGUUCCUCCGAAAAUAUUUUUCUUUGAUGGAGCGUACGAUAUAAGCUCUACAACGGAGCAGAUAUAUAAUGACAUCGCUUAUCCCUUGGUUGAAGGCGUUACGGAAGGAUAUAAUGGCACAAUUUUCGCUUACGGUCAAACGGGAUGUGGAAAGUCAUUUACUAUGCAAGGCAUGGCUGACGUUGAUACGCAGCGAGGUAUAAUUCCACGAGCGUUUGAUCACGUGUUUGAAACCAUAUCGGUUAGCCAGAAUACUCGCUUUCUGGUACACGCAUCUUAUUUGGAAAUUUACAAUGAGGAAAUACGCGAUUUGUUAGCUCGCGAGGGAAAAACCAAACUGGAAUUGAAAGAACACCCGGAAAAAGGUGUGUAUGUCAGCGGAUUGAGUAUGCACAAGGUGACCUGCGUGGAUGAGUGCAACGUGAUAAUGAGUAUUGGAUGGAAAAAUCGAUCGACCGGUGCCACCUUGAUGAACGCAGACAGUAGCCGCUCUCAUUCGAUUUUUACAAUCUAUCUGGAAAUGGUGGACCACGACCCCCAAACAGACUCGGACAAGAUCAAGGCCGGUAAAUUGAAUCUGGUCGAUCUGGCCGGCUCGGAACGUCAGGCGAAGACCGGAGCCAGUGGGGAUCGCUUCAAGGAGGCGACCAAGAUCAAUUUGAGUCUUUCUGCGCUGGGCAAUGUGAUUUCGGCCCUCGUCGAUUCGAAGAGCAAACACAUCCCUUAUCGGGACAGUAAACUGACACGGCUGUUACAAGACUCGCUCGGCGGGAACACAAAAACGCUAAUGAUAGCGUGUUUAUCGCCAGCGGAUAACAAUUAUGACGAGACUUUAAGCACAUUGCGGUACGCAAAUCGGGCCAAGAAUAUUCAGAACAAGCCGAAAAUCAAUGAGGAUCCGAAAGAUGCAUUACUUCGCCAGUACCAGGAUGAGAUUGAUCGGUUACGUCAAUUGCUCGAACAAAGUCAGGGUAUUGGUAAAUGUCCGACUGUGGAUCCGGUGGUAGAGUGUAAAGAUUGGCAAACGAUUGAACGAGAAAAAGAAGCAUUGAAACAGGAAUACGAGACGAAACUACGCGUGAAAGAGGCACAGUACCAUGCCGAGGCGGCAGACAAAGCGAAAUUGAUGAGUGAGAUGCAAGCACUGCGUGACUACUACGAGUUUCGGAUGCAAAAAUUGGAUGAUUGUGCACAUCGGGAAGAACCAUUACGAGCGGAUGAAUCCGGAUUAUCAAACAACGUGAUGAUUGUGGACGCUGAUGGGAACAUUUUGAAUUCGGACGAACAAAACCAGCUGUCCACUGCCCAGUCCGAAUCGGAUCGCACACGCCUACUCAAAUCCAGUACCCGAUCGAUAGAAUCCAAACAAAUUGGAUCCGGGUCAGAAACCCGAAAUGGUACUGGUGUGGUGUUGAGAUCCCUAGAAUCGGGUAUUGUUGGUGGUGAAUUGGCAUGGAAUGCGGAAGCCCGAGCUAGGAGAUCACGGAAACAGCGCUAUGCAGAGGAACGAAAACGUCAGUUGGAACUAGCCAAUGCCGCCUUGGAAGACGAAGGGAUCAUGGUUGGAAUUUAUGAAAAUAUUCAAGACGAAUUGCGGAUCAAAAACAAAUUACUUCAACGCGAAAAACAAAAGAACCUCGCAAUGAAAUCGGAACUGUCUGAUAUUCAGAGUGAAUUUGAGCAAGACCGUAGCGAUUACUUAGACACUAUUCGACGUCUACAACGGCAAAUGGACCUGUUGCAAGCGAUCAUCGAUCGGAUUCAACCAUGUAUUCGACGAGACAGUAAUUAUCACAAUGUGGAUAAAAUAAAGAAGUUGGCCAAAUAUGACGAGGAACGGAAUGAAUGGAUUCUGCCCCAAAUGACAAUCGAACGAACUCAAUUGCCAGUGGCACCGCUGGACUCUGGUCAAGGACCGCAUCGUUUUACCCAAGGUUUAGGCGAUCAGAGCGAUACCCCCGGAACCGGAGGCCUAUCGGCUCGUGCCGGUGCAUCGACCUUGCUGAGUCGUGAUACAGAAAGGGAGAGUGAGGAAGAGGCAAGAUAUUAUGCCAAAUUGGCAAGUCGAACACAAUCCCAGCCGAACUAUUUUGCGAAUCGCCGUGCCAGUCAAUUACUAAUUGAUGCAGCUGCUCUCGGAGCCGGAUCGCAUCGUGGCAGCCUGAACACAAAUAUUUCCAAUUUACACGGAUCCUUGUACGGGAUUGGAAGUAACGGAGUCGAGUCCAAUUCACUGUUCUCACAAGACCCACACGGACUGGGUGCUCUACCCGGUGCCCUAGACGAAAUGAUGUUUCACACCGGCAGACGGGCUUCCAAAUUUGACUCGCGUCUUCGAAACACACAGGGUAGCCCGACCGGACCGAAAAGCUCUCCGUCCUAUCGACGACCGAAAUGA